UCUGAAAUAAUGUUUUUGUGAACAUAUUAUUACAAAUUUUACUCCCUCUUCCCAACACCAAGUAAGGCUAUGCAAGCAGCAGGCGCGCGCGGAAGCUGCUGUGGGCUGGGACUUUCAGCGAGCAGUUGGUGUGCACCAAAAAGACCCAAGCAAAACGUGAUUAAAAAAAUCACCCAACACGUCCCAAUCUCUCCAGAAAACCGCAGAAACAAUAAACACCAAAAACCCACAAAAAAUCUUGUGAAAAACACCAAAAAUCAGAUCACAAAAAACUUACAAGAGAGCAACCCAACACAAUUUUGCACGGAAAAGCUUUUCCGGCAAACCACGAACAACCAAGGCAAACCAAGACCAGGGUUUUGAAGAGCAAGACCAGACGGUUUGAACGGGACCAACCACGGCCUUUUCCGAUCAGUAAAACGACCGAAAAAGCGACCGAAAAUCUGCGUUUUUCACGAAAUGUGAGGGCGAUUUCCCGGCGAACAGGAAGUCCAAUGACGACGGGCGAGGUACGGAUGUAAAGAGGAUUUCAAGAGCUUUCGAACGGUGGGUGGAUCGAAGAAAACCGAUGACGGGAUCGUCCAGAAUCGAGCCGGAAAAUUCCGGCUGUGGGAAAGAGUUCAGAGAAAAAAUUUCAAAAACAAGGUUUGACUCUAGAAAUUCUGUCCUGGAAUGGUCGAUACUUCUCAUUGAUAACUCUAAUGGAAGGGGAUCGAUGGAAUUUGUUGUGCCUAGAACUGAUUCAUCAGCCUUUUUCCCAAUCUCCGUGCAGUUUUCAGCCCUGUACAUUCAGUGACCUAAAGGUUUGCUUGACAUUAUAAUUUGUUUUCGUGUCAUUUUCUCAACGAAUAAUAAUGUGUUUGCAUCUCUGUUUGUGGUUACAAUCUUGUGGUAACAUCAGAGUUCGCAAAGUUUCUGGUUGAUUAUAUUUGCUCCUGUUUUAAUAUCGUUUUCAAGCAUAAAAGCUCUCUCUACUGAGUUUGAUAACUGAGUUAUAACUAUGGUAUGUACUUCAUACCAGAACUUAUGUUAAAUUGAAUUUUGUUCUGAAAAUGCUUGUCCUGCCCUUGGAAACUAUUAUGUAUUUAAGUGAUCAUAAACCAAUGUGAAGGCAUAAUGAAUGUUGUACAUUUCACUGUAAUCUCGACAUUUUGAAUGGUGUCGUUAGGAGAAUGCUACCUAUCACAGCAUGCGAUUAUUUAUGGUGGUGAUCUAUUAGGUUUAAACCAGUUCAGUACCCGUGGAGGUUUUGAUGUGGGCUCGGGUUCUUUACAGUCAUCAGUAUGUUCUUUUAGAUGCUGUAUAACGAAACGUAUAAAUUAGUCGUUCCUUUUAAGUUCUCCCCCUCUGGUUUUCAUUGUUUAUUUUGAUUUUUAACUCAAAAAUGUUGUUGUAGCAGGGUAUAAAUAUCCUCCCUCUAAGAGGUGGAUCUUCUCCCAAGUUUUCACAGAGAAUGGUUUUGACCACGGAAAAUUACCAAGUUGUGUGAAGGCUUGUUUCUAAAUUUGAUGCACUGGAUUACGAGUUUCCAUUGGCAUUCUUAGAGUAUACUUUGAAUUGUAUGGGAGUUUGACAAUUAGCCAUUGUAUGAGUUUAGAGAUUUCUGUUAUUGACCAAAAUUUUUCAUGUUAUUAAAUAGUUGAUAUGAUGGGCACAAUUUUAUAUAAUUAAAGAUUUUGUUAUUUCCAGAUUCCUGGAGAUAUAUAUAUAUAUAUAUAUA